AUGACCACUGCUGCCAAAUCACGUGGUAGUACUUCCCCAGCCACAGAGGAUGUUUUGAGCGAACAAGGUCAUGUCGUCAGACACGCCAAGGAGCAAGGUCUUGUCGUCAGACACGUCAAGGAGCAAGGUCUUGUCGUCAGACACGCCAAGGAGCAAGGUCUUGUCGUCAGACACGUCAAGGAGCAAGGUCUUGUCGUCAGACACGCCAAGGAACAAGGUCAUGUCGUCAGACACGUCAAGGAACAAGGUCAUGUCGUCAGACACGCCAAGGAGCAAGGUCUUGUCGUCAGACACGUCAAGGAGCAAGGUCUUGUCGUCAGACACGCCAAGGAGCAAGGUCUUGUCGUCAGAAACGCCAAGGAGCAAGGACUUGUCGUCUUGUCGUCAGACACGCCAAGGAACAAGGUCUUGUCGUCAGACACGCCAAGGAGCAAGGUCUUGUCGUCAGACACGCCAAGGAGCAAGGUCUUGUCGUCAGACACGCCAAGGAACAAGGUCUUGUCGUCAGACACGCCAAGGAACAAGGUCUUGUCGUCAGACACGCCAAGGAACAGGGUCUUGUUGUCAGACACGCCAAGGAACAAGGUCUUGUCGUCAGACACCCUCCUCUCCGUCUGUGAUGAGUCUCGAGAGAGAAUCAAAGCCAUUGAUGAUGUCAAGCAAUUUCAGAAACUCUCAGGAGUCGUGGAAGCAGCCGAAAAUACAAAGUUAGUCCAGUAUGUGUGCGACAUUAUCAACUCUUGCCAGGAAGUCGCAAAGGAACACAAGGGAACAGAGCCUACUUUAAUUCCCGUGGAGGGAGAGAGGAUGGACUUUCGCAUGCCUAUCAAGUCGAUAGUAAUGGUGGGCUGUUAGGUGACCUGUUUGAAGACUUCUACUUAAGACAUUUGUUCGCUGAACCUAAAAUAACACAGUGCAAGGCCCAGCAGCCGACUACCGCCGAUAGCCUUCUAGAUGACAUUUAUGCAUGUGUAAAGAUGCUUUUCCAAGGUACAAUCAAUCAUGCACAUGAAGACCUCGUGGAACCAGCUCUACCUGCACGUGAUCUAAAAAUGUCAGCAAAGGAAAUUAGCAAUAAUGGUAACGUACAUGCACAUGAAGACCUCGUGGAGCCAGCUCUACCUGCACGUGAUCUAAAAAUGUCAGCAAAGGAAAUUAGCAAUAAUGGUGACGUACAUGCACAUGAAGACCUCGUGGAGCCAGCUCUACCUGCACGUGAUCUAAAAAUGUCAGCAAAGGAAAUUAGCAAUAAUGGUGACGUACAUGCACAUGAAGACCUCGUGGAGCCAGUUCUACCUGCACGUGAUCUAAAAAUGUCAGCAAAGGAAAUUAGCAAUAAUGGUAACGUACAUGCACAUGAAGACCUCGUGGAGCCAGCUCUACCUGCACGUGACCAAAAGGUGC